AUGGAGGGAACUGUGGCAGGAGUACGAAUUGUCCCCCCUGUGGUGGAAUUUUUCGAUGCUGAAUCGGACGUUGUUCACCAGAUGACACUGACAGUUCAAAACUUGAGCAAGACAUCGAAGAGCCUCCGAUUUCACGGGCCUGCGUCAAAUGUAAGAGACUGGUCAAAUUUUGGAUAAUAGAGACGAGAGGAAAAAUUUUGCAAAAACUAGAUAUUCAUUUUGAGGCAAUAAUAAAGCGCAAUUUUGUGUACGAAAUGUAGAUUGUGGUACUUUUCAGAACUUGUUUUGUCGUUUUGGUAGCAGCUUACAUUUAAGGUUAAAUCACAUGGUGCAUUUCUUUCUGGUCAGUUUUUCCAUCCGCGGAAGGUGAGGGGAUAGUAUUGAAAAUAAUGGCUCAUCUAAAUAUAGGUUCAAACAUAAUUAUUAUCAUCCUUGUAAAUAAUGACGACGAUGAGGGUACAACUGAUUUUUGAUAAUUUUUACGGUUGUCAUCAUCACCGAUAUGGAACUGAUCGUUCAUUAUUGUCUCUCUUUUAUCAUUUAAAAGAGUUUCAGAUUAAAAGUAAGGAAUCCAGACCAUGCCAUUGCACCAGGGCUAGAAGUAUCAGCUUUGGUUGAAUACUACACUACUAAAGGUGAAGAUGCACAGGACAGAGUUAUACUAGUGGUUGAUAAUGAUGUUGUGGAGAUUCCUCUUGUUGCGUGAGUAUUUCAUCAAGAUUAGUAUGCACAUUUUAAUUUGUUAAUUUAUGGAAACAAUUGACUUUAGGACCACUGAUGAUGUAGAUGCUAUUCUGAGAGUGACAAAUUGUAUAUUUCUUAAAAUAAGCACCCACACCCUAAUAAGCACCCUUCCCCAAAUUAGUGCCCUCUCCUUGUAUAAGUGCCCAGCCCUGAGGCCACAAUGUCAAACAAGUACCUCCCCUACAAAUAAAUGUCCCCUCCUCCCUCACCAUUUUAAGUAGUGGGGAUGCAAGGAAAACCUGUUUCUAUUGCCACAUAAUUUACAACUAUUAAACUUCAAACGGUGCAGAUGAAUAGUUUCUUUUCCAUCCCAAUUAUUUCUCUCUCCAUGUGCUUGCAGAGUUCCUUUUUGUGCAGUGACUGUUCUUUUAAUCUUUGUCCUAUAGCUCUGCGAACUAUAUAAGCACCUCCCAUCGAUCAAGUGCUCUCCUUAAACUAAGCACCCCUUCUUUUUAGCUCAUUCGAUGGUACAUACCAGUGCAUCACACUUUUUCUCAAAGUACUUUUUAUUUUUUAUAACAACUUUAUUUAAAUAAUAACAUAUAUAAUAUAUUAUUAUUAUUCAAAAGGUUUAUAGAAGGAAGGAACUUAAUCCUCAUAAUAAACUAUGCCCCAGAUAUAAAUAUUUAAUAGCGGAGCUCACAGAGCAUAGCCCCAUAAUUAUACAAAAUAGUAGUAACCCAUCAAGCCGAGAAAAUUUGGAUGUACGACUGUACGACUGUACGACUGUACGACCAUACAACUGCACAAGGUGCUACUUUUGACAUGAUCAACUGUACCGCGGGCACGCCAACACCACGGCUUUGUUCAGUAGUCCAGUGGUCAGUGCACUGGGCUCCGAGUCAGGCGACCUGGGUUCUAGUCCUGGCCGGGACAAGUUGUGUGGGAAAAAAAAAAUGCAAGCUCCGCUUUUAGGCUUGGCUAAAUCUAUAUAUUACUAUGCAAUAUAAAUAUACCUACUGAAACAUUUUACACACAAGCAUAUAUCUAUGUACUAAGUAUAAAAUCUAAGUAAAGAAGAUAUAUCUAAGAUAAUAAUUCUGUUGAAAUGAUGAAUAAUUAAAUGAUGUAUAAUAUAUAGAAUGAUAUAAUUUCAUACUUAUCGGCUUAGUUAUUAAAUAAUGUUGAUUUUAGAGCUUUCUUAAAAGUAUUUAUCUAGUCAAGUUCAACUACUGAUGACAGUAAACUGUUACAAUUGUGUCAAUAUAUCUGUGCCAAAAAGAAUACUUAAAGAUAUCUGUAUGGCAAAAUGGUUUAUAGAGUUUAAACUGAUGACUUUUCCUUGAUUGCCUGUGACUAAAUGAUAUGUAAUCAUUAGUGUUUACAGUAGAGUGUCCUUUAUUGAACUUAAAAAGCUGAACCAAACUAAUAUUACAUAUUUCAAAGUGUAUUUUUUAUAUUUUGGUGUCACACAUAAUUAAGGUUACUGUUUCCCACAGUAGAGACUUGGAACUUUUAUGUGAAUUUUCAUUGUUGCAGUUGGUUGAGUGUGACUUCCUAUUGCUGACAGGGUAUUAAUUUAUUAUCGAUCAUAGAUAUACACCUGGUCCACAGCUGGAACUGAGUGGUCCAGCAGAUUUUGGUGUGACAGUAGCUGAUGGUAAAGUCUUAAUGCGUGAAAUUUAUAUAACAAAUGAGGGAUCAUUGACAGGAGAGUUUAAAAUAAGGUACAGUGGCAACCAGCCAAUCACAAUUAUGCCAUCAGGUGGCAUCAUUAAGCCAGGAGCAAGACAGUUUGUCAAGGUGAGUUUAACCAUUAAAUAUAGAGUCACUAAAAGUAUUUUGGAACAGGAAAAUGGACUUAGCUAAAAGAGUUCAAGGAAUAACUGAACAGAGCACUGCCAGAUUUGAUGUUCAAUAGAAUUAAAUCGCAAUAAUACUUGAUUAUGGUCAGGUAUCAUAUGAUCAUUGUCUUUGUUCUUUUUCUCCUUAGCAGAGAAUAGGGCUGCUUUCCCUUCUCUUCAGGAUUCCCUCUAUUGCACAGAUAAAGCUAUUUCAGUUGUGGUUCUUAACCUAUCUCCUUCAGCUCACUUUAAACCAUUUUUAGCUCGAUCUUGUUUGUACCUAAUUAUAGUUCAUUUUGCUAAGGUUGAAUUUAUAAGCAAGACUCCAGGGGAGCUAAAUGAAGAAGCACAGUAAGUGAAUACUAACAGCUUUUUUAUUGUUUUGCAUCAAAUGAUUAUCAUUAGUUAGAGACCUUUAAACAAAGUGUAAGGAGCCAACCAAAGAACAUAUUAACUUAUUUCACAACUCAUUGCAUCAAACCUCUAGCGAUCAGUCAAAAAUUUGCUUUUACUCUGCAGAGUCAAACUGGAAGGCCAAUCUCCAACAACUCUUCAAAUCAUUGGGAAUGUAAUGGAGCGGUCUCUGGAGUUGUUGACUUUGGAUACAGAAGAAAAAAUUGAAACAAUAAACUUUGGCUCAACAUAUUAUGGGACAGACCAGACUCAGUCAUUUCUUAUUUAUAACAAUGGACCAGAUGUUGCUAAUUUUGUUGUUAUAUUGGAAGAGGGUGGAGAGGGACAGGAAUUGGUAUGUGAUACCCUUUUGGGAGUGGUGACAGAAAGAACCACUAUCCAUGAGGGGAUGUGCAGUUAAUAAUACACAUUAGUAAAUAGAGAGAUAAAUAUGAAGUACUAUCAUGAGCUAGAAGUAAAAGAUGGAUAGCAAUGUGAAUGCAUAUACUUUGAUAAACUUCAAUUUUUUUGGGUGGAGUGGGUGUGAGGAGGAAGUCAUUAUUAGUGGAUAUGACAUUGGUUGAGUGGACAGCACAUGGAGAAUUAGGGAAGUUUUUUUCCUUGUAUUUGAUAAGAGAGGAGUGUGAACUUUCAAGAAGUUUUACAGAAAAAUUCAAUGUUUCUUAUAUUGGUAUACUGUCUGGCAUCAUUCUACAUGUCUGUCUUUCAGGGGGUGGACUUGACCAAGAGUGCUACAGCAAUGUUACUUUCUCAAACAAGUGCUCAAGAACUGGGAAAUGCUAAUGACUUGACAACACUGGUGACUGCCUUACCGAGCCAGGGGAUCCUUUAUCCACAAGAAAAAAGAGAGAUUCACUUCAGAUUUAGUCCAAGAUACACAAAAUCCAGGGAAGGAUGGAAGGCUAGUGAUCAACCUCCCCCAAGGAAAGAUUACACUCUUUUUAUGCAUAUAGAGACUGUUGGCAGUGUUUCUGGAGGUGGUAGUGGCAAUGGAGGUGAGAAGAAUGAAUUAAAAAUCAUAGGUUUAAUAUUGCCAGGAUUGAAAAGUUUAUUGUUAAAAAAAAAACUUGUCUUGAUUGGCUGUUCACUUGUUUCUUGUAUGGCAUUUGUUUGGUGUCCUGUUUUUGGUUUUUUUAGCACCUGCAUUACAUAUCAUUUUUGCCUACUAUACAUAUUGAUAAUUUAUUGCACUCUAAAUCCUUGGAUUAGAAUCUCCACUCAAAUUAGUGUCAUCUCUUUGAUUACAUGCCCCUCCCAUUUUGGCCAAAAUUUAUAUCAAGUGCCCCUUCUCCUUUCUCUGUUUAUGAGUGAUCGCAUUUGCCAAAGUUGUUAAUUGUCUAAUUUUUGUAAACUCCUACUCAUUUUUCAUCACAAUGAUUUUCAGGAUCUAGAGUUGAAGUUGCUGUCUUAGGAACAGCUUUGCCUGUGCUGCUCUCUAUCUCACCCAGUCCUGUGUUCAAGUUUGGAGAAUGUUCAGUUGGUGAACAAGUUGAUGCACUGUGCACUGUAAACAAUGAAUCAGCCAGCUUGCCAUUGAUAUUUUCCCUACACUCAACAGCACACUUCCAUUCUUCACCAUCACAAGCUCAUAUUAAUCCAGGAAAGUCGUUAGAUGUGCUGUUAACUUUCAGGCCCAAUCAGAUGGGAUCAUUUAAGCCAGUUGUUCCUCUGGAGGUUUUAGGAGGCACUGUUGAGCAGUUUUCAUUUGAUGGGGAUCCUACUGUAGUGAGGUUAAUGGGCUCAAUAUUUCAUAACCUGUAAAGUCAAGGAUAUAUAUUUUUGCCUGCUCCUGUAUAGUUUUAGAGCAAAGAAAUGCAAAAUUUACACAGCCAUUGCUGUUUUUGUUUCCUUCUUUUUAUUUUGUUGGUUUUAAAUGUGUGAAUAAGAUCCCAGUGAACAACAAGACUAUUGAUGUAUGGUUUAUGUGCUCGCUUUUGUUUUGUACUUUAUGUCUUUAAGUUAUUGAUUUAUUCUGUCAGGCUGGUACCAAUAUAUACCACUCCAAUCACUCUUCAUGGUACUGGAACCAGAACAACCAAUAAACUCAAAACACAACCAGCACCUGGAGUUCCACAGAUUGCCCAUCCAAAUGAUCGUGCAACCAGUGUCCGGCCAGCAAAGAGAAAUGAAAAUGUCAAGUGAGUAACAAAGUGUAUCUAUACAAAAUUACAAUUCCUGCAUCAAACAACCACAUUUGGAGAGGUAAUUAAGCAUACAAAUCCUGAUUUAAAAAUAACUUUGUUUUUCUCCUUACCUGCAGCUAAAAUGACUGAUCCUUUUAUUCCAAUAUUUUUAUUUUGCAAUUGUGCAGCUAUGUGUAGUUAAUAGAACAUUUUUUUACAAAAAGAUAGAAGUUGAAUGAAAACUUUGUUUUCAAGGACAUUAUUCACAGGUAUUGAGAGGUAUACCUAUGUAGACCCUGAUUAUGCCUUCACUGAGGAGGAAGAACAACUCAGAUUGCAACAUAAGCAACAAUAUUUGGACUAUAUUAAAUCUUUGAGGAAAAGUAGACAAGCUGACAGUAAGAGAAGGUAAAUAAAUGGCAUUAAAUCCAGCAUUCUGUUUGACUUUAUAUCUGACUCCGUAAAUCAAGAAGGGGAGCAUCUCACCAGUAUGACAGAUGUGUACAGAUGUGGGACCUGAUGUAAAGUAGAUACCUGACAGUGUUAAAUAUCAAUGUUAAUCAGAAGGGUAAUUAGUAUCUAGAGAAAAACUUGAGAUGAUUUCUAGGGAACUUAACAUGAACCCCUUCAGUGUUAAAUUGACAGUAGUCUGGCUAGUUGGUGUGGACUGAUGUUAGGUGCCCAAAGCCAGAUCUGACCUUAAAGAAAACCAGAUGCCAUUUUCUUUAAAAGUGGAAAGUGCAUAUGGUGCAGUUUCACAGAAAUUUAGUUUUGUGAAUACAUACUUGAAAACCUGGAAAUCUGCUGCAAUUGAAUUGUUGUAUUUGGGAGUAACAAGUGAAGCUGGUGCAGACAGUAGUCUGGCUAGUUGGUGUGGACUGAUGUUUGGUGCCCAAAGCCAGAUCUGACCUUAAAGAAAACCAGAUGCCAUUUUCUUUAAAAGUGGUUAUAUGGUGCAGUUUCACAGAAAUUUAGUUUUGUGAAUACAGAAUCUACAUUGAAUUGUUGUAUUUGACAUGUCUUGUCCUAUUAUAAUUUACAGAAUCUACAUUAAGUGUGACAUGUCUUGUCCUAUUAUAAUUUGCAGUGACUUUCAUCAGUUAAAUAAUGACACUGAUUUAGGAAUGAAAAGCACCAUAGGAUUAAAACCUCCCAAGAUCUCAGCAAAAGAGCUUACAUCCCCAGUCAAAGGUAAAUAUUUAAUAUCUUUCUCUGAAUUCUCCCCCAAGAAGCCUUACCAGAGAUAGAUUCCAAGUAAAUAAUUUUCUUGAAUGAAGUGGUUAAAUUACAACUGUCAGGAGGCAGACCAGUCUACUUUUCACAAUGAAUGAGUUGCCAGUAAUUAGAUCCUUGUGUUUGCGAACAGAUCUCUGGGAUUGCCAUAGGGCAAACAUCGUAACUCACAAGAAAAAAUUGUACAGUGAAAGGUUGUUCUGAUGUCCAAAAAAAACUAUUUUAGAGAUUAUCACUUUUUUGCUGCUGUUUUAUCAGAAAUGGAUAUGGGUCAUGCAUUUUGAUAUAAGGGAAGCAUGAGUUUUUGUUUGAAGAACCAUAAAAUAUGUAAUAAAAUCUACAGAUUAACUUGUGUCCUUAGGCAAAGGUUAUUGUGAAUUUGACAUAGCAUAAUGGUCUCAAAAUUUAGAAAAACCAAUAAUAAAUUGCCAAGGAAUAACUCAACAAAGUCUUUUCAGUUUUUUUGGAGGUGUUUUAAGUCUAUACUUCUAGCUUUUUUGGAAGCUUAAGGAAGUACAAAAGAGCACCACAAAAGUUACCUCAAGGCAGCAGGAGAUUGAUAUGGUGUGUUCAAGCAUACAUUAAAGUGAUAAAACACCAGUCCUACACUGCUUCUUUGAUGUGAUCAAUAAGAACGAAUCAGUGUUGAUAAUUGGCUCAAACUGAAACCUCUCUUCUGUGACAAUGAGUGAUACAAAUUGGUCUCUUAAGGAGUGAUGCACAACUGGUGAUAUGUCUACAGUUUCUGCUAGAGUUCCCAUGAUCUUGCUUUUCCUGACAAUAUCCUUCAAGUGGUUCGAGAAGAAAAAUUGCUGUUCAAAGACCGUUGAAAUUUUUCUCAAACAAACUAUCACUUGACAUAGUGAUUUCCUCAUGUUUUUCAUAGCUUAUUUUAUGUUUUCAGAGAGCAACAGCUGGGUAAAAAUAAUUUAAUUUCCAUCUCUGCUGACAACGACUUCCCUCCUUUGAGGAGGUACAUUUCCAAAUGUCGUAAUUUGUUUACUAUAUGUUAACAAGUAUCAGAAAACAGUCUGUACUUAUAUAAAUACAACUGAAAGACUUAAAUGAGUUAUUUCCCAGCUAUUUAUGGCUAAAAUAUUUCAAGACCAUUACAUGAUGACGAUUUCACAAUAGACCUUACACAAGGAGAGAAGUUUUACAGUAUUUUUAUAACAUAUUUCGUGGUAAUUCCAACAAAAACUAACACUUCCCUGGUAUUAACAUUAUCUUUAUCCAUUUAUGAUAAAACUGUGGCAAAAAAGCCAAAAUCACUUUUUUGGACCUUCAACCAAACUUUUGCCAUACGUUCCUUUCUAGCGAGUUACAAUGUUUGCCCCAUGGCAAUUCCAGAAAUCUGUGCACAGACACAAGGAUCCAAUUACUGGCAACUCAUUCAUUCAAAGAAAAGAAGUUGAAUUUUGAAUAACUUGAAACAAUUCUAGUGACUAUCAGGGCACCCCAAUCUUUUCAUCUUUCUUAGUUCUUCUCUAGCAUUUUUUUCUAAAAACUGACAGUCUGGUAGACCUGAUGAAGUGGUCCAUGAGCCAGACUAUAAAUUAUUCUAUGGAUCAGUCUACGGACUGUGCUGUGGGCUAGCACAGGUUUUCAGAACGCCUGCCAGGAAGUGGAUAGGUACUCAAGUUUAAGGAUCAUUAGUAGUGACUGUUUCUUACAUUAUUAUACAGCUCCUUCUCCAGUUAGUGAUGAAGUGAAGUUAUUGAGUUCCAUGGCACUUGCAGAUGAAAAGUCAAAGACCCUUUCAAAAAAAGUGAGGAAAUUUACAAAUAAUCUGUUGUGGUAAUUAAGUUAUUGAUUAUUCUUUAAAAGUUGCUUAGAAAAAUGAUAUUGGGGAACCAACAAGAGCUUCAAAAUUUGUUGAAGUAGGCAUCAGACUCUGCAAAAGCAGAUGACUGUGAAAAGUUCCUUGUGGGCCAAAAGGUAAUUAUUUUUACCAAAGCAACUAGCAACAUUUUAUCAAACUCCAGCAGUUGCCAGCUCAUUUUGAAACCCCUGGAAUCAAUUAAAUGUGCUUUUGAAAUUAGUUUAAUAUCUCUUGGUGUCAACAUACAUGUACAUUCACACACUUUAUGGUUUUCAUGUUUCCCUUGUAGUUGAGUGAUGGCUUGAAUGCUGUGCCAAUGACAGAAAGGGAGAAGCAUGACUGCUCCUCAGUACUUUCUCCACAGGAAUUAAAACUUGUAGAUAUUGGUAAGUUGGAUGGAAUAUAACAGAAGUCACUAUUUGUGAAAUGAUAAGUUGAAUUAAAAGUACCUUACACUUUUCUGUCACCAAAUGACUCAUUCCUACCCUUCUUUUUUUUCAUAAUUUUUUCAUAUUUUCAGGUCCUUCUCUGAUGGACUUUGGACAAGUCUGUCUACGUUCUGCUAGCAGUAAAGAUCUAAUGAUUGUUAACAACUUGAAUAGUUUCAUUCAUGUUGUUGUUGAGGUAAGAAAAGUGUAUUCUUUCUUUGCUUGACUUUCUGAAUAUCUUAAAUCCAGCCCAAGAUGGUUUGUGGUCUUGGUAAGCUUAACCUUGACUAGAUUUUUCAGUAUAUUCCAUUGGGGAUCACUUUACUUAGUCAACAUGAUGGGACCAUAACACCAUAGACAAAAGCAAUAUUAAGGUUAUCACUUUUGUCUGAAUCAAGGAUUUCAGAGUUUCUUAUGCUUAGAUAAAAUCUUUUUUUUUUGUAGAUUGACUGUCGUGAACUUCGUCAAACAUCUCCAUUGUCACAAGUAAUUCCCCCAAACUCAGUUGCAAAGCUGGCAAUGAUGUUUGAAUCAAAUGUAAGGGGCAGGUUUGAAAGGUAAGAGAAAUAUUUGCUGAUAUCCAGCAAAGGUUUGAAAUCUGUUUUUUUAAUCAUUUAAAAUCUAUUUCAUUUGUAGGAGCAUUAAUUAUAGCAUUAAUGGCUAUCACCGUCAGCACAUUGUUGUCUUGGCAGAAGUUGUUUCAGUAGCUUUGGAACUGUCAGGUGAUAAAGUUCUGCUUAGACCCUGUCCAGGCUUAUUGGCUGAUUCAGGUGGGUGGAGUUUUUUAAACAUUAUUUUCCUGGAUGAAAUUGCUCACCAUAAUUGUAAAAUACACAUUUUCAAAUAGCUGGAGGUACUUUAAUUUCAGUGUUUGUGACUUGAUUCUUGUGAGUUUUUUUUGCAGGUCUUAGAGGUUCCAUCACAUUGAUAAAUAAAAGAAACUACCCAGCUGAAUUUUCUUGGUCCCCUGUUGUAAAUGAAAGGGGCACAGCAUUCUCCAUAAGACCAUCAAUAGGUAUACUGUUUUACUUACAGAGCAAAUAGAGAUUUACCUUUUAGCUAUAACAGUGUUUUCCAUUUCUUUCUUUAUAGUUACUGAAUAAUACAAUUUGUUUCAGAAGCAUCAUACUACAGUCUUCCCUGUUUUAAGAAGGCAAAUCCUAUGUUUGCCAUGUACAGGUGCCUAAAUUCCUUGUACAAGAAGACUAUGUUGUAUUUGUGAGAUCUCUUUGCCUAAUGCUGAUGUUGCUUUGUUGAGCUUCAACAGAGAAAAAAUAUAUUAAGGAAACUGUGAUAUAAAAAAUUUAUGAAUUGUAAGAAUUGAACUAAAAAGCAUAAAUCACACAGUUGAAACAAUAUUAUCAAAAAAUACUCAGUGAAGAGUCACACAAAUGAAUAAUUUGAUUUUAAAAAUAUGUUUUUUAGGCACUGUUGAUGCAUUUACUAGCCUGGAAUGUGAGGUUGUCUAUCAACCAACAUUUUCUGCUCCUGAGGAAACAGAUUUCCUCGUUCAUGUGACUGGAGGAAGUGAUUUGAAGCUGACCUGUGUAGCUAAGGUAAUUGUACAUUGAUGUACACAUACGGAAUGCCAGUUGAUAUCACUAAUUUGCUGCUUCUGUUCAUGUUCCACCAGAAUAGUGCUUAAAGUGCAUUUUAAUUGUGCAGUUCUAGAUUUGCUACCAGUAUACUCCCAAUUGUUUGGAAGGGGGCAAUGGUGAUUAGUUUAGAUCAGCUAAAUCCAAAUGUUGUUUAUGUUGUAGCUUAGCUCUACUCACUGCACAUUUGUGGAAAGAAGGCUUUUGUUUGGCUCAGUGCCACUUCAUUUAACAACAGUGAAGUCUGUGUCACUUCAAAACACAAGUCAGAACCAUGCUUACUUUGAGGUUUGUCAGUUCUCUUUAAACAUCUAAUACUUUAGAUAUAUAAGGCAGUUGAAAAGGCACAUAUGGAAUAACAUACUUGAAGAUGUAUCAGGGCUUUUAGGAGAGCAACAAUGAAAGUGAGCAAUUUUUUUUCUAAAAGUUUGAUUAGAUACUAAUCUAGCUGCAAGUUGUUGAGUUUGAGUGUAUUGAAGUAAUGUGUAUGUAUGACAGAUUGUUUUGUUGCAGAUGGUUAACUCUAAAUUUUAUUUACUAUAAAUUAGGUGAUUGACACUUGUCCUAUCCCAGGCAUGAUUAUCUCUCCAAAGGAAGGAGUUGUUCCAGUUGGGGGAACAGCAGAACUCCAGGUAAUUUCCAUGCCAUUUCUUUUUGUGUAAUCUCAGUGUAUGGUUACUGGUCCCUCUCAAUUAGGUUCAAAACGGUUUUAAGGAAUACCGGUAAUUUGGACAUGAGUUUAUUUAAUCAGUUUUCUAUCAGGAAUUAUGGAGACAGAUGUAUUUUGUGUGAAGAAAGUUCAAAUAAAAGGAAAAACUCUAUACAUUGCCUCAAUUGGUUCAUUAGCUUUUAAUUUACAACACCUACAUGCAUCUUCUUAAUCCUCAGGUGGAAUUUACCCCUAAUAGUAUCCACAAGUUUGAUACUCACAUUCAGGUGAAUGUGCGAGGCUGGAAGACCAUCUCACUAAGGGUGGGAGGCACAGUAGAACCUCCUUGUGUGGACAUCGAUGUGGUAAGUUCACAGAACUGUUGUUAAUAUGCUGGUGAUCUUUCCAUAUUACUCUCUCUCUUGUUUUUGUUGUUAUGGCAUCACAAUUUACACCUGAGUCAUCUUACUCCUGACUAGUAUAGACAAAACUGAUUGAAAUUCCAAAGACUGAUUUCUUUAAAUUGAGUCAUUGACUGCAUGGUUCACAUGAUUCUUCAUACUUGUUUCAAAGUGCUCAUGGAUUACUUUGUUUUGCAGAAUUUAUUUCAGUUUGGUGGAGUCCACUGUGGUGCAUUGGCAACUAUUAAAUUUCUCUUGACCAACAAGGUAUAUUGAACAAAAUAUUUUUGCUACAACUUAAGUCACAUAUCAAUGUGGUAAUGACAGUUUUUAAUGUUUAGACUCGCACUCAAGCCAACAUGGUAUUUGACCUGAGCAGAUACCUGGACUUUUCACUCAAGUUUCUGGACAAUGAUAUUGAGGGUAUGUAUCUACCUUCCAUACAAUUGGUAGCUCUGACUUGCUUGAAAUUCAUUAGACCAAGAUUUUUUGUUUGUUCUGUUGUUUUCACCAGAUAAUCAGUCUGUCUGACUUGCCAUCUCUAACAUUCAGCAGAAUUUUUAUUUGUUUUUGUCUUUUAAUUUCACAGAUGAUCCAGUGGAUGAUGGCAAUGGUGUUUACUAUGUCUCAUUAAAAAGUCAGAAAGUCUUGGAAUGUGCUCUAGAAUUCCAACCUUCGGAGGUACAUAGUUACUUAUGUAAUGUUUUGAAUGAAAGGAUUUUUCUGCCAUCACAUAUUUUUUUCACAACUCUGCAUAUUAAUUAUAAUUAAUAUUUAAGUUGAUAAAGAUUGUUAUCGUUUUUUCAGGUUGCAUCUUAUGAUUUUAUUAUCCCUGUCAGCAUCAAUCACACUGUAGCUCCCACCCCAGCACCUUCAACCUUUCCUCCAACACCUGCUCCCUCACACAUGAACUGGACCAUAUCUGAGCUCAUAACCCCAGUACCAUCCCUAGCUGGCGUGGCCACUCCCAGUCGACGCAUAGUGGCAACAGCUCUGCGUCCCCCACUACAGAUUUCACACUCUGUUUUGGAGUUCCAUCUUCCAUCUGGUUACUUUGAACUUGGCAUUGAAUCUGGGGCAGGACGUGCUCAGGUGAGUUGUGGAUUGGACAACAUAAAACUAGAGUUUUAUUAUUGGGCUUACUAAUAUGUAAUUAAUGAUUAAAUGAUAGUCUUUUUACUGAUGAUGAUGAUUACAAUAACAGUGAUCAGUCAGAUAUAUUUUCAUAUUCAGCAAUAGGUAUUUUGUCUUUUCUUGUCAAAGUGUUAAUGAACAAUGUGUUUCUGAUUAUCAGGGCUGUUUGUUUGUAAACAACAGUGACAAACCCCUGUCUUGGACUUUACACACUAAAGCUGCAGGACCCUUAUUGGAGGAUGGAAUCUUUAAAUUUCUUCAUAGAACAGGGUCACCGUUUACACCAUCCUCAGCAGGGAAGAAAAGUGUUAUUCCUGAUAUUACCUUGGAAAGUGGAGAGACAUUUCAGUUGGGAGUUCUGUUCACUCCACGUAAGCAAGCCUUGUGGUGCUUUUUCAUAAGUUAAGUCAGUUAUGAUGCUGUUGUUGUCAUCUCUGACCAAUAGCUAACUAAGAAACAUUUUAAGCCACCAUUAGGCCAUUGGGACAAAAGUCUACAUGUAUCAAUAUUACCACAGGGCAUACUCUUUCCCCUCGGAUGAUAACUCUUAUGUUGAUAAACAAAAGUCUACAUGUAUCAAUAUUACCACAGGGCAUACUCUUUCCCCUCGGAUGAUAACUCUUAUGUUGAUAAACAAAAGUCUACAUGUAUCAAUAUUACCACAGGGCAUACUCUUUCCCCUCGGAUGAUAACUCUUAUGUUGAUAAACAAAAGUCUACAUGUAUCAAUAUUACCACAGGGCAUACUCUUUCCCCUCGGAUGAUAACUCUUAUGUUGAUAAACAAAAGUCUACAUGUAUCAAUAUUACCACAGGGCAUACUCUUUCCCCUCGGAUGAUAACUCUUAUGUUGAUAAACAAAAGUCUACAUGUAUCAAUAUUACCACAGGGCAUACUCUUUCCCCUCGGAUGAUAACUCUUAUGUUGAUAAACAAAAGUCUACAUGUAUCAAUAUUACCACAGGGCAUACUCUUUCCCCUCGGAUGAUAACUCUUAUGUUGAUAAACGUUCUCACUUUGACUUUCACUUCCUUUUAGAAAUGUGAAGUUUAAUAUUCAAGUAUGCUCAUGCUAAAGAAAGUGACAAAUAUUUCAGGCCAAAAUUGUAUUUGAAAAAUAUGAUGGAAACAUUUAGCUGUUGAGGAAGUGUCUCCUAGUGAUGGGAUUAAAAAAAAAAAAAAAAGCUCUCUGAGAUUACUAAGAGAUAUCAUCCUUGAUGUAAGCUUCUGUUUAAUCUCCACAGAAAGCCCAGGGUUAUUUGUGGCACAUGUUCCUGUAAUAUUAAAUGGCAAUAGAGAAAUGCCGUAUCGGACAUUGACCCUCAGAGGAGAACUGCUGGCUCCAAGCCUCACUUUUGAUCCUGACAGUAUUCGGCUAAUGCCUGUUCCUCUUAGUACCAAAGUGUCAGUGAACUUCAACAUUACUGCAAGGGGAUACAGAAGGUAUAGUACACACAGGAUUAUUAUUCAAUUUGUUUUCUUUUCCUACAGUUAUAGCUUCUUUCCUAUUGUUUCUUCUACUUACUGUUACAAUUUUUCAGCUAAGGGGCCUACCAGUUUAUAAGUUUGCUUGUCGUCAAGUCUUAUUGAAGGUCGUAAAGAUUAUCUUCAUUUUUGUUCCUUAGACCAUUGUUUUUGUGUUAAUUUGGCUAUGUAUUAUUGGUUACCUAUUUCCAUCAGAAGCAUGUAACCUACUUCUAGAUUAUAUGCUCCUGAUUUCAGGUAAUUCUACUUUUGUCAUUUCAGAGCUUCAGUGUUAGACUGUGAAAUCCCACAAGUAGAAUUAGAGGAUGGCAGCUUGCAAUCGGUGCUGGAAAUAACAUUUCCUGGUGGACAGUCAAUUCAGCCCUGUUGUACUAACGAUGACAACACACAACCUUGCGUGAUUCCUUGUACUGUAACAUUCCAGUCCCCCAGCCCUGUUACUUGCAACACAGCUAUCGUCUUCACAGAUGGAAAGGAAAAGUAUGACGAUAAAUUGAAGGAGCUUACCUUGGAUCCUUAGCUUGCUAAGCAAUACUCAAUUUCCAUGUAAUCCAUAUCUGAUUAACCUGACCUUAAGCACGACAAAGUGCAAUAGCAUUUUUUUACCUGUGACAACCAUACUUGAUUCUCGUCUCACAUUCGUUUGUACUGACGUAAAGUAUUUUCAUCUGUGUCUUCUGCAUUUUAGGUACGAGCUGCCUGUGACUGCCACUGCUGAUAACUGUUUGUUCUCCUGUUAUCCCUUCCUGGCUGCUCAUCAAACUGAUUUUCAUAUCGUCUGUGAACAAAAGGCAAUAUCCAUUAAAAAUAAACAAACAGACACCCAAGACUUCCCACCUGGGGAACCUGUGUUCAUGCCGUGCAUAACCCCCAACCGUCCCCCCACAGUAGCCUCAACAAGUGCAACAAGCACUAGCUUUGGUAUUAGCACGUCAACAUAUCCCGAGUCAAGUAAUGAAGCCACGUCAUCAACCUACCCGUCAACGCCACAUCACGGGGAAUCCCAACCAGAGGGCCCUGUUCGGGGGCCGUCUGACGGGUCUGAAACAAAUGGGACCUUUGUCUUGGGGCCUGGAGUUGAGAGUGAUGAGAGAAAGUUCAUGAGGAAAGUUGUUGGUGCAGUGCAGAGGUGAGCGAAAUUAUAACCGCAUAAAGUGCUUUUACCGUUUUUGCGUCUGCGUCAUCAUAGCACAACUUGAUUAGUUUCUCUCUCGCAUAUAUUUUCCAGAUACUUCUCUGGACAGGGCUGGUCUGGUGGGCCCUACCCAAUAUCGAUACCUCAGACUCUGCGAUCGGCCCUCCAGGACACAAGUGAUCCUCAAGUUGGUGGCACUGGGGCUGCAAGGACUUCAAACUGGGAUAAUAAUUCCAAAAUAGAGCUGAGAUCAGCAUUUGAUCUGAUCAGUCAUAUGUGUGGUCGUCCUGUCCCAGGAAUUCCACUGGCAUCUACUCUUCCAACUUGUCCAAUUGAUCGUGUGCGACAGGUUCACUGGAUGUACAGCACACUUCUUACGUUUUUGAGGUACUCUUGUCAUCAAUUUCUUUGUUAAGUGUUUUGUGGGAAACGAAAGAGGGAGAAUUUUUCUUGGGACCUCCUACAAUGUACAUUUGUUUUUAUUCAGUCAAAUCCAUUUGCUAAUUGUGCAAUUCUUGGUGUACUUACUACUUGUUCUGUGCAAUGCACACUUGUCACUCGGGAGUUAUUACAGUUAAAUGUAUACUGAUGAUAAUUUCUUUCCCAAUUGUGUGUUUGACUGUCAUGCAGGACUCAGGGUGCAAUGGUGUCUCAUGUUAAACCAGAAGACUUGUUAGAUACCGCUGACUAUAUCCGCUGGCACAAAAUCCAUGGAAAACUCAAAAGAAUGGAUAAAGAAGAUUCCAGCAAGGAAAGAGGGAUAAGCAAGUUGGAAGUAGCACAGUUUGAGACUAGCUCUACCCAGGCAUGGACUCAUAUCCUGCUACAACUCGUUAAGGUAAUAUUUGAUAACCUUUUUUACUUGCAACUUCUUUAUUAAGAGUUUUUAGUUGAAUUAUUUCCUGAAUUUUCACUUACCCUCUCAUAUUUCACUUUAGGUUUUAAUACUGAGCCGUAUCACCCCGCAUCAGUUCAAGAAGCUUCAGUUUCCAAACAAGAAUAUUCCACUGCCUGAAGUGAAUCCCGAUCCACUGACUAGCAAUGUUUAUAGUGUGGGAGAGCGGAUCUUGUUAGCGUGGAUCAACCAUCAUUAUAAUGUCCAGAGAAACAUCAGUUGGCCUGCUGCUAUUGGUGGUGAGUCCUGCUCCGUCAGACACUCUGCUGUUGACUGUUAUUACGGUCUUUACCUGAUAAUGUUAUCUAAAUGCCAGAGGGUGGUGUUUUUUAAACCCCAAACCUAAACCUAAAUUUGUUUUGAUGGACGAGUAACGUUUCGUAAUUAUUUCUCAGACCACCUUUGAUGUGAGUGUUAUUUAUCACCUCUCAUUAGAAUUUCCUCUACCCCUGCAGGAUCCAGUCCUCCGUGCCGGUGGAUUGUGAACUUCGAUGUCGAUUUCAUGGAUGGACUGGUUUUGGCAACUCUUGUAAGCGCUCAUGUGCCGUUUGCGGUAAGAUGUCGUUCAUGUACUAUGUGCUUUUAUCUCUACGAGUGAUUUUGUUUUAUUCUCAACACUUAAUAACAUUUAUUACCUGUUGUGAGAACAUAACAGCGGCGACGAGCCUUGAUCAUGGCUUAUGCUUGUUGGUGAAUGGGAGGGUACUUAUGUCUCUGAGCUAAUGACUUAUUAUGUUCGCAGAUUUCAACCCAUCUUCAUUCCAUGUACACUCGGCCCAGCAAGGCUGAACAGUGCCUGCAUAAUGUGAUCAAGGUUGUUGAGGCUCUCAGGCACAUUGGUUUGGACUAUGAUAUUCAGGUUAGAAAUUAAUGACUUCAUAAGUUAUCGUAUUCCACAUUGCAAAACCUUCAUUACCAAACAGAGCGCGGGAUUGAUUUUUUUUACAAUUUCUAUCUUACGUCUUUUUCUCUGUCGAAACUUGACACCAUAAAAGCUUUCAAAGCUUCUUUUAACUAGUUUUGAUAGGAUGUGUUCUUGUCGUUGAUCAAUCAACUUUUCAUUCACCACGUAUAUUGUAAACUUGCGAUGUGUAUCCUGUCAAUAACAUAACCAUUGGUUGACUGGUUUGUUGGUUAUUUUUGCUGUUAUUGCAGCCAACAGACCUAACGGAGCCGAACCCUAUCGCAGUUGUCCUGCUGUGCAUUCAUCUGUACCAGCGCUUACCUCAUUACUUGCCACGCGCCACGGUCACCUUUGAAGGAUCACUGCAUAAUACAGUAACAAAACAUGUAAGGCUUUGUGUUUGUUUAUUCUAGCCCUGUAAAUAAACCUCGCUUUCUUUAGGCUGCCAUUAGAGAGGCUUAACCAGUCGUUUUCUUACAAUAGGUUCGACUUCAAAAUCCUAGCACCAAACCCCUCGUGUAUCAAGCUCUUUUGGCGGGGAAGGACGCGGCGGACUUUUGGUUACCAAUGGGAGACACAAUUCAGGUGAGUGAUGAUAACCUUAACGAUAAUGUCAGGCAAUUUUAUUUAGUGAGGUAAUUUAAAGUGAUUGUAUUUUCUACGUUAGGUGUCACCUAAAGGCCAGCUACAGAUGCCAGUUGAGUUCAAGAGCCGUUUUCUCAGACCGUGUAAUGCAACUCUGGUUCUAGUUGGAAAACGUGAAGGAAGUCCAUGUGGUAAUACAUUGGUGUUUACUUUGAACACCUGUAUCAACAACAUUUUGCCUGUGGUAAGGACAUUUCAUAUCUGACUGCCUAAUACUGAGUAGUUCACAUUGUGAUUUUUGGCAAACAGUUUGUGAUAUAUAGGGUUAAACUAUAUUUUGUAUGGUAUAAUCUUCCGGAUGAGGAUAUUCAUGAAAUGAACUGUUGUCCAGACUAUUACUGGCCCCAUACAAAUGACUUCUACAAGACAUGAACCCAGCAAAGGAACCAAACAGAACAAUCUAACCUUACUAACUGAUUGAAAGUGACCAAUCACGACUGACUUACGUUACUUGAUUUUUACAGCCAGCUACUUAACGGCCAAUAACUAAUGAAUCAGUUUACACGAACCAGACUCACAGGAGUCAACAGACAAACAACUCCUCAGUUUACACCUCACCAUUAUUAACAACUCCACUUUUCUGAAACACUUUCAUCCGGAUGAUCAUACUACACUAUCAUCUUUCACUCUUAAGUUGAAAACAUUCACCGCGUUAUUAUUAUUAUUGUUAUUAUUAUUAAUAUUGAUAGCCGUUAUUACUAUUAUUAGUAGUAUUACUCAUUAUAACAUUUCUUUUGAAGGCAACAAUCACAAGUGAGUCACCAUGCUACCAAAUUCAGAAGGUAAACUUUGACAUCACCAACCCAUUUCCGUCGACCGGAGAGUUUCGUAUUGUACUGGUAGAAGCUCGGAAUUCGUUCUUAGGAACAUCACCGCCCAAAGUGAAGGCCUCAAAAUCCAGCAAGAGUUUAAAGAAGGUUGGGUCAAGGACUGAUCACGGGUAUGUAAUGGUUUAGACGUUGUUUCUUUUAUUUAUGGGAAUGAAUAUCUACUACAUUCGAUUGUGUCGAUACACAAACAAACUGACACUGUUGUGUUGACUGUGGAUAUAUGAAAAUCAUAUACGUGAACUGCGGAUUAAGAAAUGAAUUUGAAAGCGAUCUUAGUAGUAAUGAACACUGCUUAAGCAGUAAUGAAAAUAAGGCCUAAAAAAAAUUCAGGCCUGUACGUGAUAUGAAACCAUAACCUUUACGAUACCGGUGUAGUGCUCUACCAACUGAGCUACUUAGCCAACCGGGAGUUGGUCGUUAAGUUGAUUUGUAGUAAACCCGUGAAGUGAUAGAUAGAUGACUACUGCUUAAGUAGUGUUCAUUACUGUCAAGAUGGCUUUCAUAUUCAAUAGUUUUUUGUUCACAGGCAAAUGAACAAAUCACCAAGAAGAGAAUUUGCUCCCAAAAUAGAACAACAUAAGAUGGAGACAGUCACAGGUGAGUCUCUCGACUCUACUCUACUAGUUUUAAAAAGAUCGCCAUGGCAUAUCCUGGCUAAGCUGGGUGUGGACCUGUCUUCAACUUGCUGGGAUCUUAAUUUACAUGGCCAGGGAUCUUGAUCAUGAGUCAAUGGCGGACGUCUCCUAAUAGGCCGUUGUUGGAUACGAGAGAGAACGACAGGGUAAAUAUUGAAAGUAGGGAUUCCAUCUUGAUCUAUGCACAAAAAGAGGAUCCUUACUAGAACCAUGUCGAAAAAAAUCUGCUUAUACCUUAGCUUUCUGGUUUCAGUAACACCUCUUACUAUGUGGUUCACUUAAUAUACGAUAGUUCUUUUUAAAGUCGGUGGUUUGCUUUUUUAUCAUUUUUUGAACCACCCGUGGUGUACAAUGUUGUUCAGUUGUUUCGUGUAUCACUCUAACCGUUUUUUGUUGUAUUCAACAGCUCCUUCAUCACCUCCUACACUAAGUGCUUUUUGGUCACCCAUCAAAAACAUUUACCUUGAGGCUAACAGCAGCGCCACAGCAGAAAUUCACUUCUUACCUUUUGAUGUUGGCUUCAGGCAGUGCUCAAUCCUCUUUAUUAAUGAGAAGAUUGGCGAGUUUCUCUACUGCAUUGAGGCGACUGCCACCCCUCCACUGCCUUCCCCCAUGCCGGUGGUCGCCUCCCCGCACAGUGUCCGGAUCAGCAGCGCUGCAGCAGCUAGGGCUGGUAGGGGGGCAUUCGGUGGGGACGAGAGGGUGGUGUACUGGAAAUGUGAUAAUGACGAGUCUUUUACAGAGGACUUGUACAUCCCACUUGUUAAUGAGGCGAGAGAAAAUGCUUUAGGUGAGUUAUCAGGAUUUAAUCACAUUAACUUAUAUUUAGACUAUUUCUUGUCUGUUGUAAGUUUGUUGGAAUUAGAGUUGUCGUUUAUUUUGUGAACCUCAGCAAUUACCGCUCAGCAGCGCAUGUCAGAACGGGAGUUCCAGCGCCGAAUGAUGACAGGUACCUUGACCAGCUGUUCUGUCACCGCAAGUGUGGCUGCGCUGGGCCUGGGAGGCUUCAAAUUCUUGCAUCCUGGGGAUCUUAAAAUGAAGAGAGCGCUUGAAAGAGAGGUCACUGAGUUCCACACAGAGGUGAGCUCCAAGUAUUUCCAGGCUCCCUCCAAGGUCAUCAUACCGGCGAGUAUCGACAAAAAGAGUGGUAAGUUAUUAAACUGUGCGACUUCUUCUUAGUUGGGCUUCUUUUUUAUUGGACUUUAUCUCAACAAUCAAAACUGCAAAAUAGAGUUUAUUUUUCAGUUUUGAUUGUUGAAAAUUUUUGCACUUGAUGUGCUGCUCUAGUUUGUAUAGACUGUUUUAACGUUAGUAGUUGCUUUUAAAAAAUUUUCCUUUUGAAAAUAAGGAGUUCUAUAGAACUUUGUUUAUUGAGUUACAAGGUUAAUCUCACUUCAGUUCAGUUAACCUCUGCCACAUUUGAGUCCGGACCCUUGAGGAAUACAGUCCCAUUGCCAGUGACUUUCCAACCCAGUGGACCUGGGCACUACCCAUGUCGAAUUGUUCUUAAAUCAGCGCAUGAUAUGAGAGUAUAUCAGCUGGAAUGUACUGUGACUUCCGCGGGCUCAGCUCUUGAGUUGGAGUUCACAUCACCAACACAUCAAUCAGUUACUCAGGACAUACCUGUGGUGAGUGUCGCUGUCACUAAACUGUGAAGAAACAGCAGGAUGCUGGAUCACAGAUAGUUAUUGGCAGAGGCCAAUUUUUCGUGUGGAACAAAGAAAUUAGGAGAGAUCUGUAUCCAGGGUUUGCGUUCAGACAAAAAUCUCUCUCAGAUUAAACUGAGAGUAGUUGGUACCGGCCAUUCUUGGUUAGGGUUAGGGUUUAAAAUGUCGAUAAUGUAGAGAAUAGACGAACUUGAUAUUAUGAUAUACAGUAGUAAGAAAUGAAAAAUCUGAGUCUUUUGUGACUAAGUCGAUGGGUGAACAAUAAUAAUAAUACUUAACGAUUGGUUUACUAGAAUUUUUCUUCUCACUGCUCUUCCGGUAAAAACUCAAAUUUUGUUCUAGAGGAGGUCUGAUUGGAAGCUUGGAGCACUAUUUAAUUGAUUCAUAAGAAAUGAUAACAAGCCUUAAUAAUUACUGCGGUUCUUUUCACUACAGCGUCAAUAAGUUAACUUGAAUUUGAAUUUACAGGUGAACCAAAGUAAUCAGGACUGGCAGUUGGCAGCAAGCCUGGAGGGAGAGGGGUUCUAUGGACCCCCUUUCAUGGUAGCAAAAUCUCGGCUCACCACCAACUACCCCUUGAUGUUUAAACCCUGUUACGAAGGACAUGUGGAGGUAAGCAGUAAUACAUAAAGUUCUACAGCCCUAAGAACUGUGACGUGAAUGUAUCUAUAAUAUCUUUGAAACUAUUUACGGUGGCCAAUUUGCCUUGUCAACUCGAUUGAUAAACCAAAGUAUCUUGUUAUACUCCCCCACCGACGCAGCACCACUGUUUCUUCAGAAACUUACCCUCUUUAUUCAUUUGUCUUCAAACGUUUGUUGUCUCAUAGGGAAAGCUUGUGUUGACGAACACUUUAGACGGCGCAGAGCAGGUCUACAGGCUACUGGGAACAGGGCAAAAGCCGCAUCCACUGGAUCACAUCUUGAUAGAGUGUCCUGCUAAACAAAGGUGAGUAUUCUUUGUAUUAACUGGAGUGUAUAUUUUUAGUUCUGUCAUUCGCUCAAAAGCUCUUGUUAUCAAUAAGUGGAAUUAGAUUCAAACUAAAACCUUUAUAGGCUAUUUGUAUUCUUUUUUUGUGAUUGUCGCUGGCUGUGUGUUUUUCCUUGUUAAUUACUUGUCUGUUCACAUCCUUAUUCGAUUUUUCCUCGCUCUUCUCCUUUGUUCGCCCCAUUUAACCAUCAAUCUGACCCUGAAAUUCCAGAAAAUCACUUGAUAUUUUUACUUGUCUUUUUACUUUAGUGCAACCUAUAGCUUGCAAGUGCCAAAUGUGACGAAAAAUAAACUUAUAUUCCAGGUAAGCAGAUAUUUGAUUGAACGUCAGUUUGUAACGAGUUCUCAGCCUUCAGACGGAAACUUCAAUAAUUUGUUUACGUAUUUUCAGGUCAAGACUGACCUAGAUAUUGUUAGCGGCCCAUCAGCAGUUACGGUCCUUCCAAGCAAGACCGCAGAACACGUGAUCACGGUCUCACCUUGGAAACGAGGCACAUUCAAGGGAAUCGUUUCCUUUAUAUCAUCCGGAAAGUAUUCUGGCAGCCUUGAUACUGCAAGGUGAUGACGAAGGAAUCGAUAGAUCUUUCUAGUCAUUUAUCCGAGACGAGUAAUUAAGUCCUAAGCUUCGCUUUAUUAUGGAUGUUUUAUUCUAUGGAUGCUUCAUUCUGAUCGCAAUGCAACUACCUUAUGUUUUUUUGUUGUUUUUAGAGUUGAAGAUGACGAGAAACAGGACGGCUUUAUGGAUUACAGGAAGGCUCCUAACGAUGACGUUGAGGAACUCUUAUCACAGGAGCUUAUGGAUGAUCCUAAACUUCGACCCUACCGCUUGUGGUACACUCUAGAAGUUCAAGCCUCGAGACCGCAGCCUGAGAGAACCCUAGAAGUGACAUGCGCAGCACAUUCAGCAGUUGCAGUUGAAAUAGCAGUAACUAACCCAACCCGAGAUAGAAUUGUUAUGGACGUACUUAUUGACGGCGUGGCUUUGUCUGGUGAACCCACAAUCGUCUUGCAACCCCUACAGCAAGUCAGAUAUCAAGUGACGUUUGCCCCAACUGUGAUUGGUGAAUAUACAGGCAGGUAAGGAAGUAUCUCUCACUUUCAGUUUGUUUGAUAGAGCGUACGUAUAAUACUUACCACAUAAUAUACUUUGGUUUUGUUUCUGUUUUCAGUGUAAUCUUCCAACAUGAAGCAGUGGGAGAGUUUUGGUACAAUCUUAUGCUCAAGGCAACCACUCCUCAUCCUUCACAUCUUCCCCCAAUUCAUUGCGAGAUUGGCAAGUGAGUUACAAACUUUCCAGCUGGAAUAACUAUCAAGUAAACUGCUCUUCUUGUGUUGUUGUAAUAGCCGCGGUUACGGCUACUUUUUUGGUCAAAUUACUUCUUCAGGUCGUGUCACCUCUUUAGAAUAUAUUGUGCGAUGCUUAUCAAAAUUUUUCACAUCGUUUUACUCUUAAUCUCUUAAUUACUUAAUUACUCUUAAUUUAAUCGUUUUUACACAAAGUUUUUUAACGCUUAUCACCAAAAAUCCUGAUUGUCAUACGCCAACGUUAUAAAGUGACUAAUGAUUGAUUUAUUUCAGGUCCACUUAUCAGAUGAUUCGCCUCCUCAAUCCAACAGACGAGUCUCUUGUCCUCACACCUCACAGCUCAAACACAGCUAACUUCAAUCUGGAACUGGGUGACACAAAACAGAUCUUAUUGGCCGCAAGUGGUUUGCUUGAAGUACCAGUCAAAUUUACACCAUCGGCUAUCGGACAACUGCACUCCGCGGAGAUUUCCUUUCACUGUCCUCAGGUGAUUCAUUUCUUGAAGAUAUUUUAGCGAUUUGUGGUAUCUCAAGCUUCAGGAAAGGAUAAUAAUAAUUUCACAGAUAAUACUUUCACAGCUGGAAUUAUUUGUGCUAUUUUUCAGCUUGGCAGUUGGAUUUUUCUGGCCUCUGGUACUGGAAUGAUGCCAGGACCUGUGGAUCCAGUCAACAUCUACUCACAACUUGGAGGCAAUUCGUCUGUUAUUAUUCCGUUCGAAAACCCUACGGAACGUCAAGUCAUCGUAGACGUUGUAAUGAAGGAGCAGCUACCAUCACGGAGUGGUAAGUUCAGUCUGUAAACAGAACUUCUGUCCGAUUCUGAUUAAUAUCAGAAGUCCCCUAAAUUUUCCUCGGCCAUGUGAGGCAUAGCAGUAAUCCUCAUCAUAAUUUGACUUCAGAUCCAGCCCUCCCUGGCUUUAAAAUACAGUUUUGCAAGGAAUGUGUCUCAUUAUGACUACCAUUAUUACCAUAACUGUUGUUAUGAUUAUAUAUUUUUUUAUUAUCACUAUUGUUUGUCCAUAUUUUUCACUAUAUUACAUGAUGUGUUGCAUGUUGUCGUAGUAAUGCACUUUUCCGUACCAACCCUUUUCCAAACGCUAACCCUAUUUCUUGUGUUUAGGCUCGUUGUUCACAAGCCUGCGUAGCGACACUCAGCCCAAAGACUCAGUGUUCUGUCUCCUGCUCAAACGAGCUAAAGGGAUAAUUCUAGAACCAGGGGCUACCCUGGAUAUACCAAUCUCCUUUGCACCAGACACCAUGCAGCUACACGAGGCUACAAUAACUGUGACCAUGCACAGAGACACUGAGGACACUUGGAAUGGGAACUAUCCAAGCGUGAUGAGCACGCGUAUGGUGAAUGAACUUCACUGGAUAAUUCCUGUCCGAGGUAUCCCAGAAUCAUAUCCUAUCAAGGAAUCCCAGGCCCCGUGUAUUGAGUGUAAGGCUCGGAGCCGAGUGGAAGAGAGACUGGAAGUAACGCUUACCGGAUUGGCCCCUAAUAACGCCACUUCAGGUUUAGGGCGUUACCCUACCAUCACUCCCAUCAAUUUGCUAGGGCGCCACCUACCUGGAGAAAUGGAAUAUGGAGUGGACUACUUGAAUGUGCCUGAGGAAUUCAGGUGAUUACUCUAAUAAUUAUGGGUAGUCUUUUCUUCUUUGUGGGAAUUUUGCAGUUUUCAUAAGACCUUAGCAAACUGGCAAAAUGCGACAUUUCUAGCUGAUGGUUUCAAAGGUUUUUUUUCCAAGAUAUUGAGGCAUUGAAAAGCGACGACUAUGAGAGUAUUUUUCCUGUUAGAGGGUUGAACUCGUUUUGGUUUAAGACGAUGAUUAGCCUAGAUGAGCGAAUUCGAAACUUAUGAUCGGAAUGUCAUAUUACAGAUCACCCAAAUUCCCUUCAGUCCUUUGUAAGGAAGUUGGUCGCUCUUUCCCUAUAAACGCCAGCUGACUCAGUGCGUAAUGUAUCUUUUUUAUUGUUUUACUGGAGCCAGUCACCAUAAAAGCAUUCCAUUCUGUAGUCGUGUGUUUCUAAUGCAUAAAAGUCAUUCGGUAGUUUGACAUGUGGUUCUCGCGGAUAUUUGGCGAGUUCCGUCGGAGCGAGGAAAAUAACCAGCAUUGAGUCCAAAGAGACCCCUGGAAGGCACAUGUAGGUGAAAUAAAAGAUCUUUUGUAUGACGUGGUAAAGUUUUAUGUUUAAUUGUUAAAAGAAAUCCUCCUAAAACACCUAUAGGUAUGAACUAAUUUAUGAUGAUGCAGAAUGUCAGACAUGUCUUGAACGAUCGCUGGGCGUGAGUCUCAUGAGGAAGAUCAAGAAUCAAGUGUCAGGAGUGGUCAUUCUUGUGUUUAACUUUGUAUUCUCACCAUUUAAGCCAUUCAGGUAAGUAGGUGAUGAAUGUAAACAGAAUCAGUAAAUCAAAUGCACGUUGACAAAGAGCAGCGACCUGCCGACCACACACCAACGCUAUACCGUGUAGGGAUUGUCUGAACUUUGCCUCCUAGUAGUUUCCACUUACCGCCUUCCUCCUCCACACACUUUGAUUUUUUUACCGAAAUAUUCAGAUAUUCAAAGCCUGUUUUUUCAAGGAAAAGUUCGAACUUCUGACUUUAUCUUAAAUUACAUGGGUUUUUUUAGAUAUAAGAGGCGGUCGUUAUGACCGUGAUUGUGAUGUAGAGUAACUAACAUCCCUUGCUAGUGUGUUGUGGCUGUUUUUGUCUUCAGCCACAAGACUCAGUUAAUGAUAUCAGCAGCUUCCGGUGGGGUUUGGAGAUUUCCUCUGAGGGUACUUGCCACUGAACCGGAAGUCGACGAUACGAUUACUAUCGACUCUGUUGGACUGAACAAGGAGUCAGUUGUGGGUUUCAGAAUGACGAGUCAAAUGAGGUAGGUUGAUUGAGCAGAGAGGGAUUUGCUAAACUGCAUCAGAAGAGAAAGUUGGUCAAGUUUGAACAAUUCACUUAGAAGAUAUGGACAGUUUUGGAAGCAUGUACCUAGUGCGCUGCUUUUCCUUUACAGUCAUUCAAGCCAGACGUGUAAACAAAUGUUAAGCGUUUUUUCAUCUUAAAAUUUAUGUCCGUUCUCUCUAUUAGACACACCCUUCCGUUUGAAGCGUUUUUCGCUCCUAAUUCUGACCCGGAGUUCACAGUAGCCCCAACAUCCGGUGAACUAACUCCUGCAGGUACCGAAGGAACACUUAUCAAGGUUUCGUAUAAGCCCCAAAUUUACGGCAAAACGCACAUGGCCAAACUGGUAGUUCAGGUGAGCAAAUAAACUAGUCAGUCUGAUCAAGUGAUACUUAUAAAUGAUAUUUUCUUUCUCUCAGGUUUUACUGAUCAGUUCCAAUACAUGAAUUUGCUAAUCGUUGCAAGGGUACAUCAACUUUACCCAGCUCGCCUUCCCGCCAUAAACCAGCAUGUUUCCUCUUUCCCUUUCCCUCACACGGAACCGCAUAAAAAGAAAAACAACUUGCUAAUGUUCAUAACGUACGUUGAUGAAAGAAUGCAAGACUAAGUGAACACCUUCUGCGAAGAGAUUUAGCUUCUGUUUUCGAUGUAUUUCCUUUUCGUGGUUUGUUCUAUUUGUAAUACUUGUUCAUGCAUUCAAACAGCAGCAAAAUGUAACGAUAUCAAACUUGUGAUUACUUGUAACAGCUGUUACUCCCCGUGCCCACCAAAUUCACCGUCACUAUUUGCAUUGAAAUAAUUCGACGAGUGUAAGUAUGUUCCCUCUAUUCAUGAUCAUUCAACUCUGCCCCUCGUUUGGUUUUACGAAAUUUUGGAAAUUGCUGGUUUAUUUUGAAGCUAUUGCCGCCAUUUUCCUUAAAUGGUCAAUGGCCAUACAGGGUCAUUGAUAGAGCAUAUAGUUCUCGCAAUUGAUAUGCCUAUGUGCAUUGGUAACAAUGCGUUGCGUAUUUGGUCCACAGACCUCUGAUAUGCAGUGGACCUAUGAUGUCAUCGGUACAACUGCUGACUAUAGCCCUCCAAAUGUGCGAUCGAAAAUCGUGUCUAAUAGCGCCAACUUACGUAGGACAGUAAAGCAAAAGAAGAACUACGUACUGGACAACUUGAAGCUCCAAAGUACCGCAGUGUCAUCUCCGUACAAAGGUGUUCCACUAGUGCCUCGAUCAGCCAGAUAA